UAUGGAUUGUUGUAUUGUAGUAUUGUGACAUUGUUGUAUGUCGCAUUGUUGCAUCUGUCCGUUCCGAACAACCUGUCGAGAGCAAUAACACCCCUGCUCUGACAGCUUUGCCGAUUUUUUCCCCAAAGUACACUAUAAUAUAGAUAAAUUUGCACUGCGUUUCGCACGUCUGCGGGCAACACUACACGCUCCAACCGCAGGACAGCCGAGGGGCAGCGCACCAGGCAAAUAACAAUGAGGGCAGCGUGAGAGUCUUUCAACGUGUAGCGCCUGGAACCCAACUGGGCUCCUCAGUAGGCCACGUCGUCAUGAACCGCGGUGAUGACGAUGACGUCUGCACUAAGGCCGACAUGCACAUCGCGGACCUAAUGUACCUUUACGACAUGGACAUGGUGACGGCGCUGAACAUUUUCUUCAAGAAGGAGAAGGCGCCGUUCGGCGGAUUUUACCACAUCUCUGACGUGACUAAGGAGCUGGAGCGCCUCACAGCCGAGAAAUCCAACAAGGCGGCGGAGCUGAAGGGCUACCUGGACAGCUUCGCGAAACAGCAGGGAUUCAGCGUAAAGGCGUUCGAGGAGUGGCGGCAGGUCAUCUACGCAAAGGACCGGUGGGACCGCUUGGCCCAACCCCUGAAGACGCGCACCGAGGAUCUGACCUUCCUGCGCAGCCUCAUCAACGACGCGGGCAGCUGCAUCCAGCCCUUUAAGAAUGCCGUGCUUGCUCUUGUGGUGACAGCGGAGAAGAAGGGCCUCAAAUAAGUGACCAAGCAAGUGUUACCACGCAAGGCGGCUUCUUCCUAAAGUCGUCUCGGUUUACGUCAACAGCUGGGAGGUCGUGAGCUCCGCCGCCCGGGGCCGGCGGGGCUGGCGGCUGAGGGCGGCCGCGAAGGAGCCGGCCGGGGAGUAAAUGGGAUUAGGUGCGGCGGCGCCGCGGGAGAUCGUCGAUGGCUUGGUGGGUGGCUUGACAGCUGGCUCUCUGGCUGGGUCUUGACCGGCAUGUCCCAUGCUGCACACAUGCAGUGGCGGAAAGCACAGGAAGGAGGCUGGGAGGCACGAGGGGCGUAGAGGUAUAAGGCAGCAGGAGAGCAGGACAAGAGGCAUGGCCGCAUGGGCGGGCUGGGUGUUUAAAGGGGGGUGGGGACGCAAAGGAAGGAGAACAAGGUGAAGGGAAGCCGGAAGAGGUAGCGGCAGGGAUGUAUUGCAAAUCCAGUCGAAGGAGGUACUUAGGCUGGGAGGGGGGGAAGGUGCGGUUGCUUAGGCUGACAGUACCAUAUCUAAGCCGUAUCAAAGUCGUAUCUAAGCCGUAAAUGCAUGACCUGUACGUUGCACUUGUACCGAACAUCGGUGACUCCAAUUGUGGACCAAACUGCAAGCAUAAUAUGGCGUUGACAUGCUGCGGUUUGCUUUCAGAGUGAUGUUAGCGGCCAUUUCCUUGCUAUUUAGAGGCUUGUUACGCCAGUUUAGCGGCCAUUUACUUGCUGUACUUGCUGUUUAGACUGCCGGUUUACCGGUAGUGGCCAUUACUUGAUGUUUAGACUGCCUGUUUAGCGGCCAUUUACUUGCGGUUUAUACGCCUGUUUAGCGGCCAUUCUCAUCCUUUCUUACGUAUUGUUGGCGGGCGGUUUUCUGUGUGCCGUUGAGCGUCCUGUUUUGGCUCUGUCUUUGGGGUGGUGUGUUCGUGGCCUCCGGUUUGGGUUGUCUUCUGCCCUAGAUGAGGUUUGUCGAGGUUUGCUGAGGGGCCCUUUUUUGGCUUCUACCCUCUUGUUUACCUCCUGUGGUUUCUUUUAGGGCUGUGUAUCCCAUCUUGUUGGCCCGUUGUGGUGCUGUCUCUACGGUUUGUUCCGUUUCUUUUGCAAUGUAGGGUUGGGUUCAUCACCCGUGUUCCCUUUUAGGGCACCAUUGUAACGGUCAUUCAUUCAUUCAUUUACUUGCUAUUGGGACAGUCCAUUUAGCGGCCAUUUACUUGCGGUUUAGAUGCCCGUUUAGCGGCCAUUUACUUGUGGUUUAAGACUGCCCAUUUAUACGUGUAAGUAAACCAUGCAACUAUACCAGUUGCAGGGGCGUUGUGUGGCGGCUAUGUAGGGCUUAGUUAGC